CGUGGCUGGGUCAUGUACAUUGAUGGCUUGUAGAGACCACACACGGAAAUCACUGUGGGAGCUGAGCUACGUCUUCAGCAUUCUUUGUGGUCUCACCGCUCCGCUGCAGUUCGCCAUCGCUGUGGCCGGCAUCGUGCUCGGACCCUAUUGCUACUACUCUUUCCACGGGGCGGUUGGAACUGGUUACCUGGCCCAUGCAGUCCGUCUGCCCUACCCUUACCUGGCCUUCCCGGGUCUGUGUUUGGACCCCAGGCAUGUGGAGUGGUUUCACCUGGUCCUGCACACGGCAGACCUCAUCACCAGUCUGGCCAUUUUCACUCUGUCACUCUUCCUCAUUGUCAUCCUCACUCUCCGAGUGCUACACUUCGGCCAUGUUAACAGACAGAGUCAUGGCCGCUAGCCAAGCACCCCCUGGCACCUUAUGGAGCCCAUUUUCUCACAUUAGAUUGACAAGAAUCUCUUGCACUUGAUCUCCAGUUAAAAUAUCAAAAGGUUGAAAUUACACAAUUUAAUUCUCCAAUAC